CUUAUGUCAGUGACAGGUCACCACUCCUAAUGAUAUGACGCGCGUCUCCGCUUGGCUGCACACGGACGGAGCAAAACUGGGAUGAGCCGCGCUUGAAAGGAGGUGUCUUCUUCGCUCAUCUGCUGUCGCUCGUACCCGUGACUUCACUACCCUGCGCUGAAAUGAGGGCCCUGCUCCCGGCUGCUUCCUGUCUCACAAAAGGCGCAGACUUGGAUGUCGUCAAGUGGGCAGUCAGAAGGUCAGUCGGCAGCGCUUCUGUCCGUCCGUCCGCAGUGAAAGAGGAUCAUCUUGAUGAGGUGGGAAACGUGCUGAUCUAUUGGCGCCACCUGGAACACCCACGUGGCGAAACUGGGUCGCGUCGGACGGGACCAAUCGGCUACUGAGUGGCUCGGGUGGGCGUGGUUUGAAAGUGCGGACGGAGCUCCGGUUGGCCAACGUCGCAUGUCCCACAGGACAAGUGAUUUGAAAAGCGUGUGAAGAGUUUGGGGAAAAAAAAAUGCAAAACAUGAUGAGUAAGUCUGAUUUUUAGUCCAUUUUAUAGUCUUUGGUGUGUCGUUUUGAGAAGCUUUCUGCCAGACUACACUGGCGCACGUGAACGCUUUUUUUCUCUCUUCCUCCCACAUUGACUCUCUCUCUCUCUGCCUCCCUCUCUGCCUCCCUCUCCAUCCCUCUCCUCCCACCACGCACACACUCACACUCGGGUGGGAGAGAGUAAAGAGGGAAAGUGAGGGAAGGGUGAGAGAGAGAGUGGGAGCUUCCAGGUGUCUGUGCUCUGCACUUUGACGGACUCCAUGGAGCUUUAAGGGCUGCCCCUCAAAGCUUUUUUUUGCCCCCCCUUCCCCGCUGUCAUUUUGGUGGCCCUCUUCUUCCUUCUUUUUUUUUGUUUUUUUUUUUUAAGUCAGUCAGCUGCCUCUCGUCGGCUGGCUUUCUGGGAGAGGACACCCUUGCAUCCAGCAGCAGCAGCAGCAGCAGCAGCCGCCGCCGCUCCGCGCUCACUAUGGAUAUUGCAGAUUGCCCCUUCCGGAAGAAACGGAGGCCAUGGAGCCCGAGCCUGACCUCCGUCGCUCUGGCCGCCCUGGUGCUCGCGCUGUGCCAGAGCAUCUCGGCGCAGGCAGAACCCGUGGAUGUACUGAAGGCCAUGCAGGUGACCACCCUGCCCGAGGGUGUGAAGAAGGUCCCGGGCUUCUGCACGUCCCGGCGCUCCAGCAACCCUGACCACGCCUACCGCAUCAGCAAGAAGGCCCAGAUCUCAGCCCCCACCAAGCAGCUCUUCUCAGGUCGCUUCCCGGAGAACUUCUCCAUAAUGGCGCUGGUGAAGGCCCACGCCGGUCUCCAGGCCUUCCUCCUCUCCGUCUACAGCGAGCAGGGCGUCCAGCAGCUGGGGAUCGAGCUCGGCCGCUCGCCCGUCUUCCUCUACGAGGAUCAGCACGGCAAGCCGGCCCCCGAGGACUACCCGCUCUUCAAAGGCGUCAACCUGGCUGAUGGCAAGUGGCACCGCAUCGCCAUCUCUGUGUCCAAAAAGAACGUGACCCUGAUGCUGGACUGCAAGAAGAAGAUGACCCGAGCUUUGCCCCGCAGCAGCAACGCCGAGGUGGACACCAACGGCAUCACCGUAUUCGGAGCCCGAUUGCUGGAUGAGGAAGUGUUCCAGGGAGACAUUCAGCAGCUACUGAUCGCCUCCAACGCUCAGGCCGCCUAUGACUUCUGUGAGCACUACAGCCCCGACUGCGACUCCCCCCUGCCCAAGACCCAGGCGCAAGACCCCAACACAUAUAAGAAGAACGGGAAGGCCGCCCACGCCAAAGCCGCCCCCGUCAAAGCCAAGCCCACCCCGGCUAAGCCGGCCAAGGGCGGGAACUUCAAAAUAGUCAAGCCUCCCCUUCCCAACAAAGGCCCCAAGUCUUCCACGGCCAAGCCACCCAAAUCCAAGGCCGCCGCCAAGCCCACCGCCACUGCCGUCUUCCUGUCCAAGACGGCGUCGGCGGCGAAGGUGAAGACCACCACCGCCCCGGCGAAGAGCGCGAAAGCGUUUUCUGAGAAGAAGACAGUUGGAAAAGCCGUCGUGGUGAAAACCACCCAAGCUUCGGCCGAGGUCAGAGGAAACGCAAAGGCGAAGAAAGCCGGAAAUGAUAAAGCCGCGUCCAAGACCAACGAGAAAAUCAGCGUCGAAGUGAAAGGAGUCAAAAUUCACGGCAAAACCGAGAACAAAGUUAGCGGUGAGGCUAAAGCCACUAGCAACGUCAAAGUUACUGUGGUCGAAAAGAAAGGUGCCAAAACUGAAAGCGUGACAAAAACCAAGACCGUUGUCCAAUCAGAGAGGGCUACCGCGAGCGCGUCAACAUCCGCGUCCAAAGUAGAAGCUAGCAAAGCGCCAAAGGCCACCAAAGCGGCCAAGGCGGAGCCCACAAAGGCGUCCAAAACCUCCGCCGUCAAGGUGAAAACGGCGGCGUCCAAAGUCCCCCUCGCCAAGCCCGCGCUCAGCAAAUCCACGAAUGCCGUGGUGGAGAAGUCGUCCGUGCUGAAGAAGGUCCUGACCACUGCGGCUCCUUCCCGCCCCACACCCCCAAGACCCACCAAGUCUAAGUCGGUGCUGGACCUGAACAUCAAGUCCCUGCACAAAUCUUUCCCACCCUUUGCCAAGACUGCGGCGGGCGGCGCCGGAGUUGCAGCCAAGAAAUUUGACAGCGGUUACCAACAGGAUGUAGACACUGAAUAUUCCGAGGCUGGCAACACCCCCACAGGGACCGAUUAUUUCUAUGAGGAGACGCUGCCGGAAGCCGAGGGUGAGCCGGUCGUACAAGAAGAGAGCCCCACGCAGCAGUCACAGGCGCCGGAGACGGCUGUGCCGGGCGAAGAGGUGGAUUCCACCGCGACGGACGGUGUCGGUGAGGAGCACUUCACCGAGGAGUAUGUGACCGGCGAUGUGGGCCUGAAGGAAUACGACUAUUCCUAUCGGGACUACGGCGAGCACGCGCCCGAGGCCCGAGAGGUGGGAGGCGACAUUGGCCCCGCCCUGUCCGCUGUGACAGACGAGGCACGCGCGGCCAUCAGAGGACAGAAGGGUGAGAAAGGAGAGCCAGCCGUGCUCGAGCCUGGUAUGCUGAUCGAGGGACCCCCUGGACCUGAAGGACCUGCUGGUCCUACCGGCCCUCCGGGGAGCUCCGGUCCUCCCGGCUCCAUCGGCGAUCCUGGUGAGAGGGGCCCUCCCGGCAAGGCCGGUCUGCCCGGUGCCGACGGAGUGCCCGGACCACCCGGAUCCUCUGUGAUGCUGCCUUUCCGCUUUGGCCAAAGUGGAGGAGAUAAAGGUCCCGUCGUGUCUGCUCAGGAGGCCCAAGCGGCCGCCAUCUUGUCUCAGGCCAGGAUGGCUCUGAAAGGACCUCCUGGACCGAUGGGUUUCACCGGACGUCCCGGACCCCUGGGGAACCCAGGAAGUCACGGUCUAAAAGGAGAAAGUGGAGACCCUGGUCCUCAGGGACCGAGGGGAGCUCAAGGUUUGAUGGGACCACCGGGCAAAGCGGGAAGGAGAGGUCGUGCUGGAGCUGAUGGAGCCCGUGGAAUGCCUGGAGAGCCUGGUACUAAGGGUGAUCGCGGCUUUGAUGGUCUUCCCGGUUUGCCGGGUGACAAAGGCCACAGGGGGGACACUGGAUCGAUGGGACCCCCCGGACCGCAAGGAGAGGACGGCGAGAGGGGCGAUGAUGGUGAAGUUGGACCCAGAGGUCUCCCCGGUGAAGCUGGACCUCGUGGCUUGCUCGGUCCCAAAGGUCCUCCAGGAAUUCCCGGACCUCCUGGUGUUCGAGGAAACGAUGGGCCCGUUGGUCCCAAAGGCAACCUGGGUCCUCAAGGAGAGCCUGGACCUCCAGGUCAGCAGGGGACAUCGGGAACUCAGGGAAUGCCAGGACCUCAGGGAGCCAUGGGACCUCCAGGAGAGAAGGGGCCCACAGGAAAACCAGGUCUGCCGGGAAUGCCAGGCGCUGACGGCCCCCCUGGUCACCCAGGAAAAGAGGGCCCCCCCGGCACCAAAGGAAACCAGGGCCCCAACGGCCCCCAGGGAGCUGUUGGUUAUCCUGGCCCUCGUGGCAUCAAGGGCGAGCAAGGAAUCCGAGGACUGAAGGGCCACAAGGGAGAGAAGGGAGAAGAUGGCUUCCCUGGAAUUAAGGGAGACUUUGGCGUCAAAGGAGAGAGGGGUGAGAUCGGUGUGUCGGGCCCCAGGGGAGAGGACGGCCCAGAGGGGCCAAAGGGACGAGUCGGGCCCCCCGGUGAACUCGGUCCCCUCGGUCCAAUUGGAGAAAAGGGCAAACUCGGCGUUCCUGGACUUCCUGGCUAUCCCGGAAGACAAGGACCCAAGGGAUCUCUAGGAUUCCCGGGAUUCCCUGGCUCAAAUGGCGAGAAGGGAGCAAGGGGUCUGGCAGGCAAAGCGGGACCAAGAGGACAAAGAGGACCAACGGGUCCCAGAGGCCAGCGAGGACCACGAGGUGCCACUGGAAAGCCAGGCGCAAAGGGAACUUCAGGAAGUGACGGUCCCCCAGGUCCACUUGGAGAGAGGGGACUGCCCGGGCCUCAGGGAGCCAACGGUUUCCCCGGACCAAAGGGACCUCCUGGACCACCAGGAAAGGAUGGGCUGCCCGGGCACCCCGGACAGAGAGGAGAAGUUGGCUUCCAAGGAAAGAUGGGUCCACCGGGGCCUCCUGGAGUCGUCGGACCUCAGGGCCCAUCUGGAGAGACCGGUCCUUUGGGCGAGCGUGGCCAUCCCGGACCACCAGGUCCACCCGGAGAGCAGGGACUCUCAGGCCCCUCCGGCAAGGAAGGCACAAAGGGAGACCCAGGCCCCCCGGGAGGUCCAGGUAAAGAUGGACCUCCUGGACUGAGAGGCUUCCCUGGAGAGAGAGGACUGCCUGGAACCCCGGGCGGUGGAGGACUGAAGGGAAGUGAAGGACCUGCCGGACCUCCUGGACCUGCUGGAUCGCCUGGUGAGAGAGGGCCUGCUGGUACUGCCGGACCCGUCGGACCCCCUGGUAGACCAGGCCCACAAGGACCCCCUGGUAACGCUGGAGAGAAAGGUGUCCCUGGUGAGAAAGGCCCAAUCGGCCCUUCGGGUCGGGAUGGAGUUCAGGGUCCAGUGGGGCUUCCGGGCCCAGCCGGAUCCCCAGGAGGGCCCGGAGAGGAUGGAGACAAGGGUGAGGUGGGCGAACCUGGACAGAAGGGAGCCAAGGGUGGAAAAGGCGAGCACGGACCUCCUGGUCCACCUGGGCCGAUGGGUCCCAUCGGCCAACCUGGUCCCGCCGGUGCUGAUGGAGAGCUGGGACCAAGAGGCCAACAGGGGCCUUUUGGUGCCAAAGGAGACGAAGGAUCCAGAGGAUUCCCCGGUGCCCCCGGGCCCAUUGGACUGCAGGGACUGCCUGGACCACCAGGCGAGAAGGGAGAGAACGGAGACGUUGGACCUCUGGGACCUCCAGGCCCCCCAGGACCCCGUGGCCCCGCUGGACCCAAUGGUGCUGAUGGCCCUCAAGGUCCUCCUGGAGGAUUGGGUAAUCCUGGACCAAUUGGAGAGAAGGGAGAGCCUGGAGAGGCUGGACCACCCGGAAUCGGAGGAGAACCAGGAAAGAAGGGUCCUCGAGGUGAGCGCGGAGAGAAGGGAGAGGCCGGACAGCCCGGAACCGCCGGUGCCGCCGGAGGACGAGGACGGCCAGGAGAUGACGGUCCUAAAGGAAACCCUGGUCCAGUUGGCUUCCCCGGUGAUCCUGGUCCCCCCGGUGAGGUUGGACCCAGAGGUCAAGAUGGCGCCAAAGGAGAGCAAGGAGAAGAUGGGGAACAGGGAGAAUCUGGCUCUCCUGGUCCCCCUGGCGAGAACGGACCUCCCGGUCCACCCGGAAAGAGGGGUCCUGCUGGAACAAGAGGACCUGAGGGGCGACAAGGAGAAAAAGGAACCAAGGGCGACACAGGUGCCCUUGGCCCCCCAGGCAAGACGGGUCCUGUCGGUCCUCAAGGCCAACCAGGAAAAACAGGAACUGAGGGUCUGAGAGGUCUCCCAGGAUCAGUGGGUGAGCAAGGAUCUCCCGGCCCCUCCGGACCAAAGGGACCACCUGGACCUGUUGGACCACCGGGUUUGCUGGGUCUGCGAGGAGACCCUGGUGCAAAAGGAGAGAAGGGACAUCCGGGUCUUCUUGGCCUUAUUGGACCUCCGGGAGAGCAGGGAGAGAAAGGAGACCGAGGUCUGCCCGGACCUCAUGGGACCAGCGGACCAAAGGGAGAGACUGGAAUGCCCGGUGGCACCGGACCCCUCGGCCCGGCUGGUCCCCCUGGUCCUCCUGGUCCUCAAGGAGUCAAAGGAGCCAAGGGUGCCUCUGGAGGAUCUGGUCCCAAAGGAGAAAAAGGUGUUCCGGGAGCGCCAGGACUUCCUGGCCCGCCUGGCGAGGUCAUCCAGCCGCUCCCUAUCCAGAGGAGCCCCAAGUCCAAGCGCUCCAUCGACGCCAGCCAACUGCUCCCCGAGUUCGACGCAGAGAUGCCCGCCUCUGACACUGCCGGCGCCGAGUUCUAUAUGGCCAGCGAGGGCAUGGAAGAGAUCUUCGGUUCCCUCAACUCACUACGACAGGAGAUCGAGACCAUGCGCUUCCCGAUGGGAACGCAGGACAGUCCCGCAAGAACCUGCCAGGAUCUCCGCCUCAGCCAACCUGAGCUCCAAGACGGAGAGUACUGGAUUGACCCCAACCAGGGCUGCUCCAGAGAUUCAUUCAAGGUCUUCUGUAACUUCACCAGCGGUGAGACGUGCCUGUAUCCCCACAAGAGCAUCAACGCGGUGAAGAUGAGCUCAUGGGAAAAAGAGACGCCAGGUUCCUGGUACAGUCAGUUUGCGACAGGCGGCAAGUUCUCCUACGUGGACUCUGAUGGCGAGCCGGUUGGCGUGGUCCAGCUGGGAUUCCUGCGCCUUCUGAGCGUGGUGGCCCGACAAAACCUGACCUACCACUGCCACCGCUCGGUGGCCUGGGCCGACCGCAGUGCCAACAACAACCACAAGAGGGCGCUGCACUUCCAGGGCGCCAACGAAGAUGAGCUGAGCUACCAGACCAACCCGUACAUCAAAGCGCUGGUGGACGGAUGCUCUUAUCGCAAAGGCUUCGACAGGACGGUGCUGGAGAUCAACACGCCACAGGUGGAACAUCUUCCUCUGCUGGACAUCAAAGUGUCGGACUUUGGGGAGAGCAACCAACAGUUUGGAUUUGAAGUGGGACCUGUGUGCUUCCAAGGCUAAUCUCUCGCACACACACACACACACAUACAUGCAUGCACACACACACAUACAUGCACGUGCGCGCACUUAGAGACACCUACAUACAAGCCAUUCAUGCUCAGUAAUUUGUAAAUUAACUUGUAAAUGGUAUGUAACACACACACACACACACAGUGAUGGUCUUGCGUGAGCAACGCAACAUCCUUCCCACAACCAAUGGACGUCCAAAAAAAAAAAAAAAAAAAAAAGGAUCAGAAGAGGUCUCGGAGGGAAGGACCAUCGAGAGGGAGCGGUUUCUUUCCGGUGGCACAACAUCAUAUAGCGCGGGCGGGCCCUUAGAGGCCCCCUUUGCCCCUCCCCCUAGGCCACCCUCCCUCCACCCACCUGCCAUCUGCCCCUCCACUCCUCCGUCACGUCGCCUUCGCUCCGCCCCUGCCGUCUCUCAGUUCUUCCACGUGAUAAAGAACCACAGACUUCUUGAAAAAAGUCUCCAGCUUGUUAGCGUGAUCGCAUCUUGUGCCCUUCACCUGGCCGCCACUCGGCAUCCUUGGGAGGCACGGGGGGGGAUGGGUGUUCCUCCUACCAACUACAUGUGGCAUGAUGCCAUCCUCGCUGAAUAAAAAUCUUUGUUUUCCUGAGAGAACGCGUGUGGCAAAAAGUGCUAAUUGUGCCAACAAUUUGACUCCGUUUGUCUCCUCUUAUGUCAUCGAGCCUCCUGCUGGGCAAAUGUGCAUUACACUCCAUUUGUACAGACAUAGUGAUAUUCUAUUGUAUUUAUUGAAGAACACAACGGGGUGCUUUGACAUUAAAAAAAGAAAAAGGAAAGAAAGGGAAAAAAAACGGAGCGCCAAAUAUUCCUGCCGUCGCAUGUGGUAUAUUUCAUUUGUAUUUAUUUCUGCACGGUCCCCCUUUCGGGAGACCGAACCAAAGAAUCUGCGGCUAUGCUGGAUUGUGUUUCCCCCCCCCGGACUGUCCUGUGCUGUUCAAUGUUGCCUCCAUUCCAGUGUGACCAUUAAAAGGUGACUCUCUUCACCUCUGUUGCCGCUGCUUUUGACUUUCACGUUCGAAGCGUUCACACUGGUGCGAGAGACCACAGCGGGCAGAACGUGUUGGCAAGAGGGAGACGCAGGGGCAGGGUACAAACUCCCUGGCCGGCCUCACCAGUCUGUCUCAGCCCUUUUGUGGAUUUUUCUGUUUUUGUUUGUUCAAUCUUAUUGCUGUUGAUUUUGGUUUUAAAAUGCAUCAGGGAAAUGGGCGGCUAAGGCCAAGAAAACCUAAAACGAAAUUAAAAAAAAAAAAGAUGUCCUUCAGAGAGGAUGACCUCAA